UCAGAAUGCGACUGAAGCACAAGAAGCCAAACAGCAACAGCGCGACCAGUCGGAGAAAAGCUCCGAUGGAAGUGAUCAACAGCAGCCUGCGGACAAGCAAAAAGAGAUAGAUAUUGGUAAAGAGCAGCUACAAACCCUUGAGGAAAAAACCGAACCUACCGAACAACAGGACAAAACACGCGCAGAAGAGUCGAUGGUUGCUAGUGGACAGGAUGUACCAGGUGUUAGCUUAACCAGCAACCCGGAUUCAAAAGAAUCGUCAAUCGAUGGAUCUAAGCUAUCCGAACUGGCUCUAGAGUUACAGCAGCAAAAGGACGUACAACAGAAGCAAUCGGUAGCGAUGGAAACUAGCGAAGGUAAUGAUCUUCUAAAGGAAAAGAACUCUGCCGAUCAUCCUGCUGAUACUAUGAUACAGCAAUCGAGGGAGUCUGACGGUCAAGCAACGAUGCUGGUGCAGUCAUCAGUCUUACAACAGGGCGUUGAGGCCUCAGAGCAGCAGUCCUUGGACCAAACAGAAAAACAACAGCUCAAGGACAAACUGGAAAGUGGACAAUCAGAACAAAAUAAGCAACAAUCUCGAGUAGAUCAGCUUUCCACUUCUUUAGGCGAACAAGCGCCAGACUUGCAACAACCCGACAUACUGCAAGAAAAUGGGCAAAAUGUUUCUGUUCUUCUCUCUUCGUCCUCCACAGCAUCAGCAUCCAAUCAGCAGCAAGAAUUGUCGAAGCUAGUUAAACCCAGCACUAAAGAACAGUUAAAGCCUACGGAUCAUCAUACCACGAAGCAAGAUGAAAAGAAGUCCAGCGGCGAACAGCAACAGGAAUUGGCAAAAGUAAAGCAGGAAGCAGGAGGGCAGCAGCAAGAUGGGGACAAUAUGCUUGAUUCCAAGUUGCAACUUUCAGAGCUAGUUAAGAAGGAAAAGCAAGAACCUUUGAACGAACCGAUGGAAGUAGAUCAAGACCUUCCGAUGGGAUUGCAAAGCCAAUCAGUAAAAGAGACAGUAGCUAGCACGACGGACACGAAGCCAGUUAUGGUGACAGUGAAGGAAGAAUGUCAACCAUCGCCAGCACCAAAAGACGAGGAGCAGCUUCCAAAAGAUAAACCAUCCCCAGCACAAUCGCCAUCGCCUCAAUUGAAACAGGAACUGCAGCAGCAACUAAAGGCUUCUACGGCGGCCUCCUCGCCGCAACACCAAUCGAAAAUAGGUUUGCAACAGCCAAAAAUGCAACCAAACCAACAUCUGCCCCCACCAUCGGCGCAGCAACCGCUUACAAGUCCACAACAGCAACAGCAAAUGCAGGUUCACCAGCAGAAACAGCCUCCUCAGCAGCAGCUGCUAUUACUGCAGCAGUUACAACAGCAACCACCCGAAAGCCAGCAACAGCAAAUGUUACCCAAGCAGGCCCAAUCCGAGCAACAAUCGUCAGAGCAACAGCAGCAGCCCGAAGCAAUACUUACUCUACCACAGCAAUCACCCUCGCCAAUGUCUUCAAACUCCUCGCAAACAGCAAAUCAUCUAUGUAGCAAUCUAUUACCAUCGAGCGGCGCAACACCAAUGCAGCAGGAUAGCAGUUUGGCGGACGGACCACCACAGACGCAAGUGCACAUUUCAAGCACCACGACAACAACUGACGUAGGAAGUGGUGGAGUCGUAGGAGCACAGACGCAAGCGCGAUCUUUUCAUCAGCUCGUCAACAAUAACUCAGUGCCACCAGUAGCGAACUUGGUAUCGCAACAACAACAGCAGCAGAACCCUAUGGGAAGCGUCACCGGUGGUGGUAUGCGAGUGUUGAUAGGGCAACAGCAACAGCAGGGCGUAGCCAGCGGAAACAACACCCCGGCGGGUAUGCGGCUCAUUAUGCCACCGAACCAGCUAGUGCCUCCCAACAGUAACAGUGGCACGAGCGGCAACAUGAUGCAAAGUGUAGCGCAAACUUCCAGUGCCGAAGGAAGCAGCAUCGGUGGCAUACUUCCCUCCGUUACUACCAGUUCUGCCAACCAACCGGCCACUACGCAGAACAAUAGUACAAAUCAAGGAAUGAGUGUAGUAAAUGUCUCGAUGCAGCAGCAAUCGCUUAGCUGUGUUGCACAGCAACAGCAGCCUGGAACAUCUAGCCAUCCCAGUGGGGUAGGAAGCCAACAACAGCAACAACCAAAUACGACACCCAUCAUGCCGAUGCCAGGCGGCAGCGGUCAGAUGUUGUUCAACAACGUGGACGGCAGUAACUCUGGGCAGCAGCAAAUGGUACCGAGUGGUGGUGGCAUUGCUGCAGUGGCUACUUCGCUAGCCAGCAGCGGAGCAGCUACAAGCAAUGCAACCACCACCGGCGGUGGCUUACCAACAAUGAUGACUGGCGGCACUAGUGCUGGCGGUCCAUCUCAAGGAGGUUCUGGUAACUAUUCUUCUAACAACAUGAUUGCAAUGCCGGUGCAGGGAACGAAGGAUUGGCACCAUUCGGUAACACCAGAUCUACGCAAUCAUUUGGUACAUAAGCUGGUGCAAGCUAUCUUCCCAUCACCGGAUCCAUCUACCAUGUUCGACAAACGCAUGUACAAUCUCGUUGCGUAUGCCAAGAAAGUAGAAGGGGACAUGUAUGAGAUGGCAAACUCGCGUUCCGAGUACUAUCACCUGCUAGCGGAGAAAAUUUAUAAAAUACAGAAAGAGUUGGAAGAAAAGCGACAGAAGCGGAAAGAACAGCAGCUGCAGUUACAACAGCAGCAAGCGCAACAACAACAGCAACAAGUACAACACAUGCAGCAGCAGAUGAACAAUGUUGUAGGCUGUGGCACAGGUGGAGGGCCACCAUCGCAGCAGGUAGCUCCCCCACCGAACGCUCAGAUUCGACCACUCAAUCACACGCAAAUGGGACCAAUGAUGAGUGGUGGUGCCACACAAAUGCCACCACGUCAACUGGUGGCUGGUGGUGGUUUGAUGGGCCAAGGACUUGCACCCAAUCGAAUGACCCUCGGAGGUGUACAGUCGGCUCAGCAAAUGUUCGUCUCGCAACCUGGUCCCAGUCCGAACAGUAUGGUUCAUGGUGUCAACAGCAUCAGCGGUGUCGGUGGUGUGAACAACAACACCGUCGUUCUACCUGGUGGGUUAUCGCCAUUUGCCCAACAACAGCCACAGCCUCAUAUAAACAACCAUGUUCCCCCACCAAUUGGCGGUCCUCAAGGCAUGACACCUAGUCAGCAACAACAGCAGCAAGGCGGGAUGUCACAAAAUCAAUCGUUCCUGAAUGGUCCGACUAUGUCCGAUAGUUCACAGUUGCAGCAGUUUAACGAUAUUGUUCGAGCCAAAUGCGCCAAUCUGGCUAGUGGUGGUAAUAUGCAGCAACAACAGCACCAACAGCAACAGCAGCAGCAACAAAUCGGUGUUGGGGGCUUGGCUGGGGCACUCGUCAGUAAUCAAUCGAUGACCAACCCACCAACCAUCUCCCCAGCAUUUAGUGCUAGUGGCAAUGUCCCACCAGGCAAUGUUACGAUGGGUCAACAACAACAGCAAAACGCGGGUGGUGGCGUCAUGUUUGCAAACGCUCAGCUCGCUUCAAGCAACCCAAUGCAGCAGGGUGGUGGUGGUGUGAUGUCCACAACCAUGGCAGUACAACACCGAAAUAUUGGAAUGAUGUCGGCCGGCCUAGCCAGUGGAGGAGGUAGUGGCGGCAGUGUGAAUACUGUGGUCGGUUGUGGAGGCAUGAUGGCCGGCGAAAUGCUUAGCAACACGUCCGGCUACGGUGGUACCGGCGGAUUGACGCCAAACAACAGCUCCGUUGUAUCUACGAACGGGCCGGUGCUAGGUCCACCACCUCAAUCAUCGGCUACCACAUCCAGCGGCGCUCCAAUGAUGCUCCAGUCUGCCACGGUCCCAGUGGACGUUUCCAAUUCACCCAUGGCGAUCGGGUCCACGGUUGCAGCAGUCGCCACUAGCAACACGCCACUUAUCUCUAACCUGCUGGUGGCACCAAGCAUCACGACGCAACAGCAUCACAAUGCAAUGAACGGUGGCGGAUCAACUACAACUACACCGUCAACGGUGGGACCGAUCGCAUCUACGGUGGUUGGCCCAGUGCAGCAGCAAAAUCCAUCAAUUCUCGGUCCCGGCGUCAACAGCAGCAUAUCAGUAGCAAACGGUAAUACCACUCCCGGUACUGCAGGAGGUGGUGUUAGUAGUAUGAGUAUGGGAUCAACUGGGCCUUCGAGCCGAGGCAGUAUGACCUGUUCCUCAUUCAGCUCGCAAAUGGCAGCGCUCGAAGCGGCAAUGGCACGCGACAAAGAUGAUUCACCAGAGCCUUGCAAGGACAGCAUUGGUGGUAACGGUGGCGGCAAGAAUAAGGGUAAGCUUGGGCUGAAACGCGAAGAUACCGAUACGGACAGCAACCACAUGGAUACGUCCAGUGGAAAUGAUUUGGGUGGCAAGAGUGUGAAAAGCAGCGAGUGCAUGAGCAUCAGCGGUGCCGAUAGCAAGACUGAGUCGAUGGAUGGUGCCGACGGUGGCAGUGGAUGUAGUGGCGGUGGAAAAAAUAAGCUCGACGUAGUGAAAUUCAAGGAAGAACCAAUGUCCCCGUCCGUCAGCCCAAUGACAAAUGUACUCGUCAAGACGGAGAUCAAGGCUGGAAUCUACCCCGAACCGACGAUUCAAACAAAUGCCAGCGAUAAUCGCAAGAAAUGCUCAUUCAAACCGGAAGAGCUACGGGAAGCGCUGAUUCCAACUUUGGAGAAGCUAGUCGCACAGGAACCGGAAUCCAUCCCGUUUCGUAUGCCAGUCGAUCCGAAUUCGCUCGGCAUACCCGACUACUUCGACAUUGUGCGCCAGCCGAUGGAUCUCAGUACGAUCCGAAAGAAGCUUGAGAGUGGUGCGUACCAGGAUCCGCGCGAGUAUGUUGACGACGUAUGGCUAAUGUUCGAUAACGCCUGGCUCUACAAUCGCAAAACAUCACGAGUGUAUCGUUAUUGUACCAAGCUCUCGGAGGUGUUCGAGCAAGAAAUUGAUCCUGUCAUGCAAUCACUAGGAUACUGCUGUGGCCGAAAAUACACUUUCAACCCUCAGGUGCUGUGUUGCUAUGGGAAGCAGCUUUGCACGAUUCCGCGCGAUGCCAAGUACUAUAGCUAUCAGAAUCGUUCUUUCGGCGCCUUGUCAACUAGAUACACCUACUGCCAGAAAUGUUUCAACGAGAUUCCCGGCGACACGGUUACGCUUGGAGAUGAUCCAAUGCAAUCACAAACCCAAAUUAAAAAGGAUCAGUUCAAAGAGAUGAAGAAUGACCAUCUAGAGCUGGAACCAUUCGUUGAUUGCCUGGACUGUGGACGAAAGCAGCAUCAGAUUUGUGUCCUGUACCUCGAAACGAUCUGGCCGGGCGGGUUCGUUUGCGAUGCAUGUCUUAAGAAAAAGGCCCAGAAACGCAAGGACAACAAAUUCAACGCUAAACGGCUGCCAACUUCCAAGCUUGGCACGUAUAUCGAGACGCGUGUUAACAACUUCCUCAAGAAGAAGGAGGCGGGUGCGGGCGAAGUCCACAUCCGGGUGGUGUCCAGUUCGGACAAGUUAGUUGAGGUUAAGCCGGGCAUGCGUAACCGGUUCGUCGAAAGUGGCGAAAUGUUGCCCGAGUUUCCGUAUCGCGCGAAGGCACUGUUCGCCUUCGAAGAGGUGGAUGGUAUCGAUGUGUGCUUCUUUGGUAUGCACGUGCAGGAGUACGGAUCGGAGUGUGCAGCACCAAAUACACGUCGCGUAUACAUUGCCUACCUCGAUUCGGUGCAUUUCUUCCGCCCGCGCCAGUACCGGACGGCCGUCUACCAUGAGAUUCUGCUCGGCUAUAUGGAUUACGCGAAGCAGCUCGGCUACACGAUGGCACACAUUUGGGCCUGUCCACCGUCCGAGGGCGAUGAUUACAUCUUUCACUGUCAUCCGCCCGAGCAGCGCAUACCGAAGCCGAAGCGGCUGCAAGAAUGGUAUAAGAAGAUGCUGGACAAGGGGAUGGUUGAGCGAACGAUUCAGGAUUACAAGGACAUUCUAAAGCAAGCUAUGGAAGACAAGCUGCAGUCUGCCUCGGAGUUGCCGUAUUUCGAGGGUGACUUUUGGCCGAACGUACUUGAGGAAAGCAUCAAGGAACUAGACCAGGAGGAGGAAGAAAAGCGCAAACAAGCAGAACGGGAAGAAGCAGCAGCCAACGCGAUUAUGUCCAUGAACGAAGACAGUGAUACGGUCGCCGAUGGUAAGAAAAAGGGCCAGAAGAAGGCAAAGAAAUCGAACAAAUCGAAGGCAGCGCAGCGUAAGAGCAAUAAGAAAACGAACGAGCAGAACGGAAACGAUCUCAGUGCAAAAAUCUUUGCCACCAUGGAAAAGCAUAAGGAGGUGUUUUUCGUCAUUCGUCUGCAUUCGGCCCAGUCUGCUGCCAGUCUUGCGCCAAUCCAAGAUCCUGAUCCAUUAAUUAAUUGUGAUCUAAUGGACGGUCGAGAUGCUUUCCUCACACUUGCGCGCGAUAAGCACUACGAAUUUUCCUCGUUGCGCCGCGCUCAGUUCAGUACGCUGUGUAUGUUGUAUGAAUUGCACAACCAGGGUCAAGAUAAAUUCGUCUACACUUGCAACAAUUGCAAAAAUCACGUGGAAACACGAUACCAUUGCACGGUUUGUGAUGACUUUGAUCUAUGCAUCACAUGCAAGGAAAAGGUUGGCCACCCACACAAAAUGGACAAGCUGGGCUUUGAUCUGGACGAUGGUUCAUCGCCUUCGGAUGUAAAGCAAACCAAUCCGCAGGAAGCGCGGAAACAAUCAAUCCAGCGCUGUAUUCAAUCGUUGGUACAUGCGUGUCAAUGUCGCGAUGCGAACUGUCGAUUGCCAUCAUGCCAGAAGAUGAAACGCGUCGUGCAACAUACGAAACACUGCAAACGGAAAACACAUGGAGGCUGCCCUAUCUGCAAGCAGCUGAUAGCGUUGUGUUGCUACCAUGCGAAGCACUGUCAGGAGGUGAAGUGCAUGGUGCCGUUCUGUCCGAACAUAAAGCUGAAGCUUAAGCAGCAACAACUGCAGCAACGUCUACAACAACAGCAGCUCCUGCGUCGGCGUAUGGCCGUGAUGAACACCACACGAAUGGGUGGUGCCCCACCGCCUCAGAUUGUUUCACCUAGCAAUGGUGGUUCGAGCGGCGCCGGUCCUGGAGGGGGUGGUGCUAGUGGUAGUAGUGUUGGCGUUGGUUCAGCUAGUGGUAGCAGUGGGAUGGUAAAUCCCGUCGUCGGUGCCACCGGGGGCGGUGUCAUCGGCCAGUGCGGUAUGGUAACCGGCACACCGACCGCAUCAUCCGUCGUCAAUAGUGUUGCUAUGAUGAAUGUGGGCGGUGGAAACGUGGUAGGGGGCAAUGUACCAGCUGCCAUGGGAUGCGGUUUAGGUGGUGCUCCCGGUGUUAUGAGUCCCUCGCCCAUACCUAACGCAGCAGUUCAGAUGGGCGGUCUUGGUGGGCCGCCACACCACGGUGGCAUCGGUAUGAAGCCUGGAGCCCAAACACCUCCUGCAAAUGUGCUGCAAGCGGUCAAGCAGGUUCAGGAAGAAGCUGCCCGACAGCAGGCACCGCAUGUCGGCUACGGCAAGGUAAAUCCUCCAAAUCAAAUGCCUCCACCUGUGAUGCAGCGUUCGAUGCCCGGAACACAUAUGGGUGCAGCGGUGGGCGGUGUCAACGUACCGGGCGUCGUCGGUGUCAUGGGAGGACAGCAACCAACUGGUAGUGGAGGGGGCGUUGUCGGUGUCGGUAUGGCAGGGAACGUGGGACCAGGCGGGCUGGCCCAGAACGUGAUGCAGAUCGAUCAGUGGACAAACGCCCGAUAUCCAAAUGGAGGUGGUGGCGGUGUCGGUGGUGGUCAACCAAAUCCCGUCCAUCGUCCAUCACUGCCGGGGCUGAUGCAACAGCAGCAACAACCGCAACCAAAUCCACUUCAAACGCAAAACAUAAUGGGUGGACAAAUGAUUGGUGGCAUCCGACCGGGCCCGGGCUCAGUCGGUAUGCAGGGCGGUGGCAUGAUCAGUAACGCGCAACAGCAACAGCAGGGUGGCAACCUGCAAAAUGCACAGCCAGGUGGUCAACCGCCGCUCAACCAACCGAAGCAGGCUAUUGCACAGCUGAUGGCGACACUGAAAAAUCCGGCCGCCGGUCCAGAACAACAGCAGCAGCUGCUAUCAAUACUCAAAGCCAAUCCGCAGCUGAUGGCUGCAUUCAUCAAGCAACGACAGCAGGCUCAAAACCAGCAGAACCAAAACCAAGUGGGAAUGGUGCAACAACAGCAACACGGGGUGAUGCAUCCAGGAGGAUCGCAGGUGCAGCAGGUUCAGCAAAGCCAACCAGUAAUGGUGUACAACCCGGGAGCUGGCGGUGGUGGUCAGAUGCCCACAAACCGAAUGCAAGGCGUGCAGGGUAUGGUAGCCGGAGGCGGCAACCCGGGAGCCAACCCUUCAAUGCAAAUUCCGAUGUGGUACAAGCAACAGCAGCAACAACAACAAGCACAACAGCAGGCCCAGCAGCAACAACAACUCAUGCUACAGCGACAGCUAGCAAUGUCCGGUGGUAACAUUCAACCUGCCCCACCAUACAACCAGCGACCGAGACCACAACAGCAAAUGGUCGUAGGUGGAUACAGCCAGGGUGGCAUGUUUCCCGAUCAACAGCAACAGCAGCAGCAACAGCAGCAACAGCAGCAACAACAACAGCAGCAACAGCAAUACAUGCAGCAAGCAAUGCAGAAACCGAACCCACAGGGUCAGCCAGGUGGUGUUGUCGGCGUAAACGUCCUCUCGCAGCAACUACAGCAGCAACAGCAGGCGAAUCAAGUUGCCGGUGGCAUGAUGGGACCGCCUAAUCCGCAGCAGCAUGUUAUGCAGCAACAGCUGAUGCAAUCAGUACGUUCGCCGCCACCGAUUCGUAGUCCACAGCCCCAACCGUCGCCUAGAGCUGUGCCAUCACCGCGUGCUCAACCCUCCGUUUCCCCGAGAGCGCAACCUUCGCCGCAUCAUAUUCCCUCGCAUUCACCUGUGCCGCCACACACACCGGGCGAUGUGCACAAUCAUAUGCAUUCUCAUCCUCCGCCUACCGCCGGCAGUGUGGUAGGCAUGGGAGCCGUCGUCGGAGGUGGCGGUGUAGUGUCUGGUGUUGUCGGAAUGCCAGGAACAGUCGGUGGAGGCGGCGGUGGAGUAGUCGGUGUAGGGCCAGUAAAUGCGAUGGCCGUCGUAGGUAGUGUUGGUGGUAUGGGCGGUGUGGUUGGUGGCGUCGGUAUGGGUACAGGGAACAGUGGCCUCCAGCAAGACCAUCAAGGCCAAGGUGUCGGUAUUAUCGGUCCACCCGGCAGUGGUCCGACGACCAGCGAAACUCCACUCCAAGAUCAACUCACCAAGUUCGUCGAGCAGUUGUAGUAGUAGUAGAGGUAAUGAAGCUAUCUCGUCAACGAGUCAUCGAUGUAUGUGUCUCGCUGUAGGUUGUACUAACACUCGUUUCAAAAUGAUAUUCUUAAUACGGGGUGGAUCUAUAGGAUGAGUGAUAAUUAAGAGAUAAAGCCAGGAAACAAAGUGCAUAAAAAUAAUUAAGAUCAACCCAAGAUGAGGAUAAACAUCGACACUUAGCACUUUCGGGCUAGUAUAUAUUUGGUUAAUUCAGGCUUGAUUACAUAGAUAUGUAUGAAAUGUUGAUUUUAUUUUGAUAUCCUAUAUUUUAUAUUACUUAGUUUUUAUUGCAUCACUUUCGAAUGGUCAUUCUUUUGUGCUGUUCGUUAUUAGUUAGAUACAUUCAAUUAAGUUAAUUAUAAACUCAGUGGACUUCCUGACCCCCCCCCCCCCCCCCCCUUGUACUCUCAGCAUCCAGCUGAUUAAUAAUCCCUCCUUUACCGCGAGAUUACAAAGAUUAUGAUCGUUAUAAAAAUACUUACUAUUUAAUGUCCAAUGCUAGGUUAAUUUGCAUUCAUAGCUCCCUAGAACUCGAUAUGUUGGCGUAGUAAACGAAUUCGCCGUAGCUCCACAUUAAAUUGAACCAAUUCACACAAAAGGAUAAAAUGACAAGAGAGAGAACGAAAAUAUGUGCAAAGCGGACUCGGGGAGGAGGUGGUUGAUGGUGAUAGUAGUGUAAGGAAACCGCCGAAUUUCUCUCAGGAGACUCAUGAGUUUGUCCGUAUUCGUUUAACGGAGGGAAUGAUUGCAUGCAGAUUGAACGCAAACGUGGAAAAAGCAAGCAAAAGUAUAAGUGUACAUCUUUAAUCAUAUGAAGUAGCCUGACAACCCCUCCCCCUCCCGCUCUUCCUUAAUAGAUUAAGUCUUGAGAAGAGCGAAAGCGAAAGUAGCGUUUAAGAUCGUGACUCGUGUGUAUGAAGGCGAAACAAAGCUGUCGUCAUAGACUGUGUCAACCAUUUGCAAGUUAGGAAAAUGUAAUAUAACAUUUAACUGAAACAUGUA